AUGGCGACGCUCUCCCCGCCCGCCAUUGACAAUUCUUCACUACCGAUACAGUUUUCCCCCCUGUCGAUAUUUGGAGCUUUCAUACCUAGCUACGCCUACCCACUAAUCUCCCACUUUGGUCUCAGCAAUGCGGUUCCACACAUCCUCACCUUCCUCGCCCUCUCUACCGCCGCGGCGACUGGUUGGAUAUACUGGUCCGACAUAUUCUCAAGGUUCUUUCGCCGGUUCUUCAUGUCGACGGCGCUGAUCCGCUCCCGGGACGAUCUCUACGACCACACGAUGGCCUGGGUCGCCGAGCAAGGCUUUUCUGCCCGGGCCCGCUACUUUGUUGCGGCGAUGGCGUUCGGAUCCUUAUUCGCUGAGGGUGUGCCCGGGGUCGAGGAUGAGGAUGAGGGACCGCAAGAAGAGGAUAUUCCCUUUUGGGAGCGAAAUCGACGGGCGCCGUUGCAGUUCACUCCGGCGCCGGGAUUCCACUUUUUCAAGUACAAGGGGAAAAUGGUGAUGCUGGAGCGGAUCGUUGAGGAUAACGACAAGUCAUGGUUCCCGCAAGAGAUUCUCGAGUUCUCCAUCAUGGGCCGGAACCCCCAAUUGCUGAAGGAAUUGCUGAAGGAGGCGAGGUCGAGGUACCUCUUGAAGGAUAAGAGCAAGACUGUAGUUCACAGGCCAAAAGCCCCCGAGGCCGUCGGCUCACCCCCGAAAUGGGUGCGCUGUUUUGCCCGCCCCAGCAGACCCCUCUCCACCGUCGUCCUGGAACAGAGGCAGAAGGAAAUGUUCGUCGACGAUAUCAAGGACUACCUCGAACCCGGCACCCAGAAGUGGUACUCGGAACGUGGAAUUCCCUACCGUCGGGGGUACCUCCUGCACGGGCCCCCCGGAACGGGUAAAUCCUCGCUCAGCUUCGCUGUCGCCGGCCUCCUCGGAUUGAAAAUAUACGUCCUCUCCCUCGCCAGCAAGACACUUUCGGACUCGGGGCUGGCCAGUCUCUUCGACACACUGCCCCCCCGCUGCGUGGUGCUACUGGAAGACAUCGACACGGUCAAGAUUACACACUCCAGAAAGUCCGCCGACGCAACAGAGAAGAAGUCCAAGAAGUCCAAGACAGACACGAGCAACGAAGUCGAUGCCAGAGUCACGCUCUCCGGGCUACUCAACGUCAUCGAUGGCGUAGCCUCCCCGGAAGGCAGGGUUCUAAUCCUCACAUCAAACCACCCGGAAAAACUCGACGCUGCGCUGAUCCGCCCGGGCCGCGUGGACAUGAAGAUCGAAUUCAAGCUUGCGGAGGAGGAAGCCAUCGCGGGACUAUUUGCGAGAAUGUACGAGGACUAUGGUCACCUCACUCCCCGGGAGGGGGAAGAACUCCCCACUGACUCCUCCGGCAUACCCACACCACCCUGCACGCCUACUGCCCCUGCCCGCCCCACUACACCUCUUACCGGCCCCGCGCUCAUAGCAGAGAAAGAGCGCAUUAUAGAGAAGAAGAUGGAGGAUGAGAGAUCUGCGGAAGAGCGCGCCGCGAAGGAGAAGCAUUUAUCGGAACUUGUGGCCAAGUUUACAAAGAUCAUGCCACAGGGGGUUUUCUCCCCGGCGGACGUUCAGGGGUACCUAUUGCAGCACAAGAAUCGGCCGGAGAGGGCGGUUGAGUGUGCCGAGAAGUGGGUUUGUGAUCGGAUGGAGGCUAGGAAAGCGGGGAAGAUUGAU